AUGUCUGAGCAGAAUCGCCUCGAAAAGGCAGAAAAGGCAGCAGAAGUGGUAGCGAGUUCGCAAGAUGCUAUCGUUCCCGAAGAAUCAAAUCAAUACCCAAAAGAUACUCUUGUAGAGAAAUAUGAGAGAUCCAUAGAACAGGCCUCUACCCACGAUCACUCCUCGUCCGCAUCUUCAAUAGCAGAAGAUCAAGAUGAGAUACGCGAUCUCGAAUUGGCACCCGUUAUUUCUGGCCCUCCUUAUUCAGCCUUUGGCGUAUGGAAGAAACGAUAUAUCGUUGGGAUGUGCACUCUGGCAGCUUUCAUUUCUCCUACAUCUGCCAACAUAUAUUUCCCGGCUCUCAACCCAAUCGCUGCCGAUCUCGGUGUAUCGAAUACCCUCAUCAAUUUGACUCUCACAUCUUUUAUGAUUUUUCAAGGUCUUGCGCCAACAGUUUUUGGAGAUUUGGCAGAUAUGGCUGGAAGGCGACCUACAUACAUCAUCGCAUUCAUCAUAUACUUGGGAGCAAAUAUUGGUCUGGCAUUACAGAAUAGUUACGCUGCUUUGUUCCUCCUACGAUGUUUACAAAGUUGUGGGAGUAGUGGUGCCAUAGCUUUGGGAUUUGGAGUUGUUGCAGAUGUAUCCACAAGUUCUGAACGUGGAUCUUAUAUGGGAAUUGUUGGAGCUGGUACUAUGAUGGGACCAGCUUUAGCACCUGUGAUUGGUGGUAUACUGGCACAAUUCUUGGGAUGGCGAGCAAUUUUCUGGUUUCUCGUCAUUCUUGCAGCCGUAUUUCUUAUACCAUAUGCUCUUACGGUUCCUGAGACUGGUCGUAACGUUGUUGGUAAUGGAUCUAUCCCACCUCAAGGCUGGAACAUGACGGUUUUCGAAUGGUGGCAAUAUCGCAAAGAACUCAAAUCCGAAAAUGGACUCUCUCGAACGGCAACAGCUGAUAGUAGAAGAGCUGCGCAAGCAGACCUUGCAAGCAAACGAAAAUUACGUUGGCCAAAUCCACUCAAGACAAUUUACAUCAUCAUGGAAAAGGAUGUUGCUAUGGUAUUAUUUUACAAUGCUCUGAUAUACACAGCGUUUUAUGAUGUCACGGCUUCUUUACCACAACUGUUCAAGGAAAUCUAUGGGUUCAAUGAUUUACAAAUUGGUUUAUGCUAUCUUCCAUUUGGAAGUGGUUGUGCAUUGGCUAGUUUCAUCAAUGGUAAAAUGCUAGAUCGAAAUUACCAUAAGAUCGCUCAGGAAAUCGGAUUCAGUAUCGAUCGUAAGAGAGGCGAUAACUUGAGAUAUUUUCCAAUCGAAAGAGCUAGAUUAGAAAUAAUUUGGCCUCUCUUGGCUACAGGACUUUCUUGUUAUCUGUGUUAUGGUUGGGUUCUAGAAAAGAAUGCUAAUCUCGCUGCACCUCUCAUUCUUCAAUUCAUUUUAGGUCUUUGCAUCAAUGGUUCCUUCAACAUUCUUAGUACACUUGUCGUCGAUUUGUAUCCACAAAGUCCAUCAACAGCCACGGCCGCAAAUAAUCUUGUACGAUGUCUUCUUGGUGCAGGUGGAACGGGUAUCAUUACUAUUAUGAUUGAUCAUAUGGGAAGAGGAUGGUGCUUCACAUUUAUCGCUCUCGUAUGUAUUGCCGCAUCUCCAAUGUUAUGGGUGGAAUUGAAAUGGGGUCCCAUAUGGAGAGAAGAAAGAAUGGUAAGAUUAGAGAAAGAGGCCGAGGAAAAGAAGGCGAAAGAGGAAGCGGAAGAGAUUCAUGCUCAAGUAACGCAAAAUGAUGGAACGAUGAAGGAGAAAGUUUGA